AUGACGACGUUCACAAAAAUUGACGAUGACUCCAUUCCCACCAUAUCCGUGAAUGCUGCGGCACAACUGUCCAAGAUCAACCCCAACAUCUACUCUGGAUUUACAGAGCAUAUGGGCCGGUGCAUUUAUGGAGGCAUCUACGAUCCUGGAAACCCUCUGUCGGACGAGAAUGGAUUUCGAAAGGAUGUGCUGGAGGCAUUGAAGGAAUUGAAUAUCCCAACCGUCCGUUAUCCCGGUGGUAAUUUUGUCGCUACAUAUCAUUGGCUGGAUGGCGUUGGUCCGAAAGAACAACGACCGGCAAGACCGGAACUGGCCUGGUUAGGAACGGAGACGAAUCAUUUUGGUACCGAUGAGUUUCUGAAGUGGUGCGAAGUGAUAGGAACAGAGCCAUACUUUUGCUUGAAUUUUGGAACAGGUACCCUUGAUGAAGCUAUGGCUUGGGUUGAAUAUUGCAACGGCACCGGCAACACCUACUACGCCAAUUUGCGAAGGAAGAAUGGUCGGGAAGAGCCCUACAAUGUCAGAUAUUGGGCAUUAGGAAACGAAGUCUAUGGGCCAUGGCAAGUGGAACAAACAACCAAGGAAGCUUAUGCCCACAAAGCUUUCCAAUGGGCUAAGGCUCUCAAACUACUGGACCCGAACCUGAUCUUGAUCCUUUGCGGUGAGACCGGUGCAACAUCAUGGGAUUAUUAUACGUUGAAGCAAUGCCUCAAGCCUACUCAAAAGACAUUGACCAGCAAUCCUACGCCGCUGAUCGACAUGCACAGCAUACACAUGUACACAGCCUCCAGGGACCACUUGCAAAAUGCAACGGCACCUCUAGCAGCCGAGCGCGCGAUCGAAAUAGCAUCUUCCUUGAUCGAUCUCGCCCGGAUAGAAAAUGGAGUUGGUCCUGACGAGCCACGCCCCACUCUCUGUUUUGAUGAGUGGAAUGUGUGGGAUCCCCUUCGAGCUGAAGGUAGAUUUGGUGCUGAGGAGACAUAUACCUUGUCCGAUGCAUUGGCUGUCGGUGUCUUCCUUAAUGUGUUUAUCCGCAAGAGCCGGGAUCUCGGCAUGGCAUGCAUCGCUCAGAGUGUCAAUGUCAUUUCGCCUCUCAUGACGUCUCCAACAGGUAUCACUAAACAGACAACUUGGUGGCCAUUGCUCCUUUUCUCGAAAUACAUGCGUGGCUGGACGAUUGCGGCCCAUGUCGCUUGUGGUUCGUACAAUGGAGACACGUCGCCUGCAUGGCUACGAAGUGUCAAAGACACACCAUGGCUGGAUGUCAGCGCUGUGUUGAGCGAUGAUGGUUUCGUCAAUGUGGUCACUAUCAAUGUACAUGAGCACAAAGACUUUGAAGUGAAAGUCGAGGGAGCCCAGGGUCCUGUCAACGUCUUUACGGUUACCGGGGCCGAUGUCACCGUUACGAAUAUGAAAGGAGAAGAGGAGGUUGGCAUUAAAGAGACCACGUGGGAUGGCCAAGAGAAUUAUGUGUUCCCCAAGCACUCAUUAACUUUGAUGCGCUGGAAAGCUUGA